GACAUUUAUCAAAGAUAUAACUUCAAUUUCUAAUUUUCAUUUUUAUCUCUAUCAGAGUAAUUAAAAAAAUUAAUAAACAGAAAAUUAAAUUUUUAAAACUUUUGGAUAAAUAACCAUAUAAAAAUAAAAUAACCUCAGAUGGUCUAGAGCAGUGUAUGGACCAGAAAAUAUAACUAUGGAAACCUGCGUUCUGAUACCAAAAGAAUUCUCAUUAGCACUAGCUACAGAUCGUGGCACUUGUUCUGGUCUAUUUCCAAAUGACUCGCGAUCCCUCGCUGAUGUCCGAAUUUCUGUGUGGUCCAAUGUUUUUAUUCCUUCCGGAACUCUUAUUUAUCCCUUUCAAGGGUCCAUUAGGUUUGACAAAAUCGAUCUCUACUCACUUCUUGACGACAAUGAUAUAAGACGUGAGUAUGGGUGCUACGAUGAAGUAUCUUUCUCCAACUACAAUUUAAACAAACGUCAAUGUAAUUGGAUUCGAUUUCUACGCAUUGUUCAAACCUACAAUGACCAAGUCAAUCUUAUUGGCACCAAAGUUAAAGGUGAUCCCAUAUUUGAAGUUAUUAAAGACGUUGAACCGGACUCAGAGCUGGUUGCUUGGUUCUUGCCAGGUUCGCAUGAAGACCUCGUCCUCAUAUCGCGUGAUGUCUGCUCGCGUUCUGCAAUCUACAGGUGCACCAUCGACUCGAUUCUUGCUGACUCACCCUUGGAUCUAUCAAAGACUCUUAUUUCUCAACAAUCAAGCCAAAUAACCUCAUCAUACUACGAGUUGGACGAAUACGAAUCAACAUCAGAAGAAUUUUCAUCAUCAAAUCUGUCCUUGACAAGUGAUCACCUGGAUUGUAGUAUUCUGACAACAAUCAAAAGAGGAGAACGUGUUCUCUUACCUUGCAAAGUCUGUGGCAAAUCAUUCGAUAGACCGUCUCUACUGAAACGUCACAUGAGAACUCAUACAGGAGAAAAACCACAUGUUUGCAUGGUCUGCAACAAAGGCUUCUCAACUUCAAGUUCUCUCAAUACCCACAAGCGAAUACACAGCGGGGAAAAACCUCAUCAGUGUCUUGUGUGUGGCAAAAAAUUCACAGCUUCAUCGAACCUUUAUUAUCAUCGAAUGACUCAUAUUAAGGAAAAACCACAUAAAUGUUCUCAAUGCUCUAAAUCAUUUCCAACACCAGGUGAUCUGAAAAGCCACAUGUACGUUCACAACGGGCUAUGGCCUUUCAGAUGUCAUGUUUGUAAUCGGGGCUUUAGCAAACCAACUAAUCUUAAAAAUCACAUGCUUCUUCAUCUCGGUAGAUGCUCCAAUAAGAAAUUCAUCAAGUCUGAUGUAUAAACACAAUAAUAUCUUUGAAUUAUAAUAGAUUAUUAGACCUUUUUAUAAUAAGUAAAAUAAGUGAAAUAGAUGAUAGUAAAAUUGAUGUGCCAGAUAUUAAACAGUUCUAAUUUUUAUCUAUAAUAUUUUUAUCAUUAAAGUUCAUUUUUUCAUUCAAUUAACACUUUGGGUACAUUUUUUUUUACUGGUUAUAAUUUAUAUUUUAUUUUAA